AUGAUCCUGUCCAUCCCAAUCCCUCUCAUGCCAACUCAGGACAAGUUUGUCUGGGCGGUUACAGCCAAUGGAUCCUUCUCGGUUGCAUCAGCAUAUAGCAUAGCUAUGGAGGGAGUUGCCCCAAAGAUCCAACACCUCUUAUGGAAAACUCUUCACAAUAGGCUGCCGCUUCCAACCCUUCUUAACCAGAGGGGCUUUUCCUUUGAUGUUGCCUGCUCCUUCUGCACCAAUCAUGCACUUGAUCCCAAUCAUCUAUUCUUGUCAUGUUCGCAGUCCCAGCAAAUGUGGUAUUUAGCUGGGCUUGGCAAUAUCCCUGCAAUUGGUUCUAUCGUGGAUGCAAUUAAAGCAAUAAUCACCUCCUUCAAAGCUUCCAACCGGCAAAUCAUUCUCAAGACCGCCCUGUUCUGCUGGAUCAUGUGGCAAAUCUGGACUGCUGUGUGGGAUCAAAUCUUCAGAGCUAAUUCCUUCAAUCCUCAACACUCAUUGUUAGUAGCAAUCAGGGAGGCCAAGAACAUUUCCUCUGAGGUUAAAGUCAGCGAGGCGACCUGCUGCCAGUACUCGUUGGAUCCCUCUCCCCCUGGAGUCUGGAAAUUCAAUGUAGAUGGGACAAGUAAAGGAACCCAGGCCUGCCGAAUUGCUGGUGUCUGUCGGGAUCACAAUAAUAACUUUAUUUGCUGCUUCUCUGGAGGGAUAGGGUACAACCACGCUCUUACUGCUGAGGCUCUCGCUGCAAGACAAGCCCUCAUCUAUGCCACAAAGCUCCAAGCAACUUCGGUGGUCAUCGAGAGCGACAAUCUCCUGCUCAUCUGUUGCCUCAAUGGCUCGAUAAACCGCUACCCGUGGCGCAUAGCUAGUAUUAAUAUUCUGGCAGACAGCAUUCAGGUAGCGGGCUCACUACCUCAUGUCGUCUUCCAGCAUUUCUUCAGGGAAUCCACUGCGGUGGCUGACAAGCUUGCUUCUGAGGCUGCAUCUUCCCAAUCAAAUAUGUCUAUUAUGUUUUAUCCUCCUACAUCCAUUUCUUAUCUUAUGUAUGCUAACUAUACUGGAUGUAUUCAUUAA